AUAGAAAACAUAGAAAAUGAGAAAUAAAGUUUCUUGUACCUUUAUCAAAUAUUUUUAUAUAAAAAAGUUAAAAAAGGAAAAAACUCGAAGAAUUUAUCCGACGGACCCGUCGGAGGAAUUCACUGUGCCAUUGCACCGAUCAGCUUAGCUGCUGGCUCACUCCCUCGGCCAUGGCCGAGCACCGCCGCCGCCGCCACCACCACCAGCCACUUCUCUCCAUCCUCAUCCUCCUCCUCUCAAUCUCUGUCCUCUCUGCAACAGCACCCCAAGACCAAGAGCAGAGUGAACAGAUCGAAGAAGACUCCCCCAUCACUCGCUUCCAACAGUACCUCAGAAUCAACACCGCCCACCCAAACCCCAACUACUACUCUGCCGUCUCCUUCCUCCAAUCCCAAGCCCAUUCCAUUGGCCUCAAUUCCACCGUCCUCGAAUUCGCCCCUGGCAAGCCCCUUCUCCUCCUCACAUGGCCUGGUUCAAACCCCUCUCUCCCCUCACUCCUCCUCAAUUCCCACCUCGACAGCGUCCCCGCCGAGCCCCCCAAGUGGGUCCACCCUCCCUUCUCCGCCGUUCGAACCCCCGACGGCAAAAUUUUGGCCCGCGGCGCCCAAGACGACAAAUGCAUCGCUAUGCAGUACCUCGAAGCAAUCCGGACCCUCCGACACCAUCGGGGCUUCGUGCCCCUCCGGUCGGUGCAUAUCUCGUACGUGCCCGACGAGGAGAUCGGCGGGUUCGACGGCGCUGCCAAGUUCGCGGCGUCCAAGCAGUUUGAGGAUUUGAAUGUGGGGUUUGUGUUGGACGAAGGGCAGGCCUCGACUAAUGAUGAAUUUAGGGUUUUUUACGCUGACCGGAGCCCGUGGGGUUUGACAAUUAGGGCUUCAGGCGCGCCUGGGCAUGGGUCGAGGUUGUUUGAUAACAGUGCCAUGGAGAAUUUGAUGAAGAGUGUUGAAGUCAUCACUAAGUUUAGGGAGAAUCAAUUUGAUAUGGUUAAGGCUGGUUGGGCGGCGAAUUCAGAAGUUAUAUCGGUUAAUCCCGUGUACCUGAAGGCGGGCAUUCCUUCCCCCACUGGAUUUGUGAUGAACAUGCAACCUUCAGAGGCUGAAGCAGGAUUUGAUGUUCGUCUGCCACCCACAGCAGACCCGGAUCUUUUGAAGAGAAGAAUUGAGGAAGAAUGGGCGCCGGCUACGAGGAACAUGACAUAUCAAAUAACUGAGAAAGGACCUUUAAGAGAUUACAUGGGGCGCCCUUUAAUGGCGUCAACCAAUGAUUCCAACCCAUGGUGGGUUAUUUUCAAGCAAGCUAUCACAGCUGCCGGAGGAAAACUCGCAAAGCCUGAAAUCUUGGCUUCAACCACGGAUGCACGAUACAUGAGACAGAUGGGAAUUCCCGCUCUUGGAUUCUCUCCUAUGGUGAAUACUCCCAUCUUGCUUCAUGAUCAUAAUGAGUUCCUGAAGGAUACAGUAUAUUUGAAUGGUAUUAAGGUCUACGAAUCCUUAAUUAGUUCUCUGAGUUCCUUUGAGGGGGCAUCUCUUUGAGUACGUUGCAAGUUUUGUUUUGGCUAGUACUGGGGUGGAAAGCGACUGCACACUGAAAUUCAAGUGGCAAAGAUGCUGCAUCUCUGCCCAAUAUGACUGCCCAUGUUGCGCAUAAUUGUUUUAUAUUGUUGUAACAAUUUUAAGACACAUGUUAUUGUACUAUAAUUUGUAAUUGAUAAUUGUUCUUCAUCUUUGGUUCUACAGAUUGAUUUGCUCUGAAAA